AUGGAUUACCAGAAUCGCGCAGGAUCCAAAUUCGGCGGUGGUGGCGUCGCCUCCCAAUCCGCAUCCAACGCUGACCGUCGCGAGCGAUUGCGCAAGCUUGCUCUGGAAUCAAUCGACCUCGAUAAAGAUCCUUACUUCUUCAAAAACCACGUCGGUAGUUUCGAGUGUCGUCUAUGUUUGACCGUCCACCAAAAUGACGGCUCCUACCUCGCCCACACCCAAGGUCGCAAGCACCAAACGAACCUCGCCCGACGAGCCGCGCGCGAGCAGCGCGAGGGCAAAGGCCAGGAUGCCGCUGGCAUGCAUGGAUUCGCUGGUGUGCAAGUCAAGAAGCAGUUGAUCAAGAUCGGCCGGCCGGGUUACAAAAUCACCAAAAUCCAGGACCCUCUGACGCGCCAGCAGGGAUUGCUCUUUCAGCUGUUGUAUCAGGAGAUCACGCCUGGUGUUGUGCCGCGUGUGCGAUUCAUGUCUGCCUACGAGCAGAAAAUUGAGGAGCCGGAUAAUAAUUACCAGUACCUGGUCGUUGCGGCUGAGCCUUACCAGACUUGUGGCUUCAAGUUGCAGGCCAAGGAGAUUGAUCGCCGCGAGGGUCAAUACUGGACUUGGUUCGACGAAGAUAGCAAGGAAUUCUGGGUGCAAAUCAUGUUCAAGACCGAGCGUGAAGAGCGUUUCAGUGGUGUCCCCGGUCUGGCGCCCAUGCAGGCUUGA